AAAGAGUGGGACUGACGGCGGAAGCAGCGGAGACGCACAGAGACGCGCUGAUGGACUUCAGGACGUCCCGCCGCGGACAGCCGUGUCCGUGAACACGUCCAGCCUUCCUCCUCCGGGGCUCCGGAGCCGAGCAGCGGCGCUGAUCGCGGAGAUUCUCCGCGUCACGUUCUGCGUCCUGAAGGAAACUUGGAGAGUUGGGAGGAGAAGGAGGAGACAUGCGGCUCUGCGCUGGUUUCCAGGGAUAAUCACCGCGGACCCGGAUCUGGUCCCUCUGCGUGGUGGAGACUGGACCUGAGCUCGGCCCGGUCGGGUUCGGGAUUUACCCUGAGAUCUGAGCCGAUCCCGGUUUAAUGUUGGAGUAAAUAAACUGAGGGACAAACCGCUCCUGGGACGGUUUUUCUUCUCUGCCUUGUUGGAGACGUUCCUCCUGGAUUCAUCUCAUGUCCUCCUCGCCUCUGUGUGCAUGUUAAACAGAUCUGCAGGAGUUUCCUCCUCCCUGUCCAGGUGACCGGGUGAAUUCCAGGGAGUGACAGAGCGACCCCCCCGGCAGCAGUUGAUGGUUGUCCGGACCCCCUCAGAUGGGAUCAGUGUCCGGGGGGAGGUGGAGAAGGGGGGUAUGGGGAGCCCUGUCCCCCUCUAACGGGAUGGCCCUGUGGGCCUGGCUGCUGGCCUCCGUCCUGCUGUCCCUCCUGACCGUCAGCGUGGCCCGGCCCCCCCUCACCGCCACCAAGGAGGAGGAGGAGGCCACUCUGGAACCUGAAGAGGCGUCGAACAAAUACCAAAUUUCUAAGCCCACGGUGUGCUCGCUGCACCCGGGGGAGGUGCUGAAGCUGAGCUGUCCUUUGCCGGCGACGGGGACCAUCACUUGGACCAAAGAUGGCAGCUCUUUGGGCACCAACAACCGCACGCUGAUAGAGCAGGAAGUGCUGCAGAUCCGUGACGCCACGCCCAAGGACUCGGGCCUGUACGCCUGCACCAGCCUGGGCAGAGACACGGUCUGCUUCAUAGUCAAUGUCACAGAUGCCAUCUCAUCGGGGGACGAUGAGGACGAUACAGAGCGAUCGGAGGACACUGGGGCAGAUGGAGAGCAGUUAUGCCCUCCGUACUGGACGUCGCCGGCGAAGAUGGAGAAGAGGCUGCACGCGGUGCCGGCCGCCAACACGGUCAAGUUCCGCUGCGCCGCGGGAUGCAACCCCAGGCCAACGCUGCGCUGGCUCAAAAACGGCAAGCCUUUCCGCCAAGAGGACCGCAUGGGAGGAUAUAAGGUGCGGCCCCAGCACUGGACCCUGAUCAUGGAGAGUGUGGUGCCGUCAGACAAGGGGAACUACACCUGCCUGGUGGAGAACAAGUUCGGCUCCAUCAGCCACACCUACACGCUGGAUGUCGUGGAACGGUCACCUCACCGGCCCAUUCUCCAGGCCGGCCUCCCUGCCAACACCACCGUGCACGUUGGAGAGGACGCGCGCUUCGUCUGUAAGGUCUACAGCGACGCGCAGCCUCACAUCCAGUGGCUGAAACACAUCACUCGCAAYGGCAGUCGCUUAGGCCCCGAUGGACACCCGUACGUUAGAGUGUUGAAGACUGCAGGUGUUAACACCACAGAUAAGGAGAUAGAAGUUCUCUACUUGCCCAAUGUUACAUUUGAGGAUGCUGGGGAGUACACAUGCUUGGCGGGUAAUUCUAUUGGGAUCUCCUAUCACACUGCUACUUUGACGGUGCUUCCAGCCCUUGAGAAACCCCCCGGGCCAGAUUCCCCAGACUACGUGGAGAUCGCCAUCUACUGCGUCGGCGUCUUCAUCAUCGCCUGCAUGGUGGGCACGGCGGUGGUGUGCCGCAUGAGGAACACCACGAAGAAGCCCGACUUCGGUGGCCAGCCGGCGGUCCACAAACUGACCAAACAGAUCCCCCUGCGCCGCCAGGUAACAGUGUCGGCGGACUCCAGCUCGUCCAUGAACUCCAACACGCCCCUGGUGCGCAUCACCACGCGGCGGAGCUCCGCCACCGACGUGCCCAUACCGGAGUACGACCUGCCGGAGGACCCGCGGUGGGAGUUCCCCAGAGACAUGUUGACUCUGGGUAAACCUUUAGGCGAAGGCUGCUUUGGUCAAGUUGUGAUGGCCGAAGCGCUGGGCAUCGAUAAGGACAAACCUAAGGAGGCUGUGACUGUUGCAGUCAAAAUGCUGAAAGACGACGCCACAGAGAAAGACCUGUCUGACCUGGUGUCAGAGAUGGAAAUGAUGAAGAUGAUMGGCAAACAUAAGAACAUCAUCAACCUUCUGGGAGCCUGCACUCAGGACGGACCCCUAUAUGUGAUAGUUGAGUAUGCCUCUAAAGGAAACCUUAGGGAGUACCUCAGAGCUCGCAGGCCACCCGGCAUGGAGUACUCCUACGACAUCGCCCGCGUCUCCGAUGAACAGCUCACGUUCAAAGACCUCGUCUCCUGUACGUACCAGGUGGCGCGGGGCAUGGAGUACCUCGCAUCGCAGAAGGGUCGUCUCCCGGUAAAAUGGAUGGCUCCAGAAGCGCUCUUUGACCGGGUCUACACACACCAGAGUGACGUCUGGUCAUUUGGGGUGCUGAUGUGGGAGAUCUUCACCUUAGGGGGCUCACCCUACCCUGGCAUUCCCGUUGAAGAGCUUUUCAAGUUACUUAAAGAGGGCCAUCGCAUGGAUAAGCCUGGAAACUGCACCAAUGAGCUAUACAUGAUGAUGAAAGACUGCUGGCAUGCCAUUUCAUCACAGAGACCCACAUUCAAGCAGCUAGUCGAGGACCUGGAUCGAAUCCUCACCCUGAGCACCAACGAAGAGUAUCUGGACCUGUGCGCCCCGACGGAACAGUAUUCUCCCAGCUUCCCGGACACUCGGAGCUCCUGCUCCUCCGGCGACGACUCAGUGUUCUCCCACGACCCCUUACCGGACGAGCCCUGCCUCCCCAAGUACCAGCACAUCAACGGGAACGUGAAAAGAUGAGCCGGAGCCCCGCCUCCACGACCUCAGCSACCAUGAACACGUAGCACAGACACCUUCUCUGAACCCCUCCCUCGGUCCGGCUCCAGGUGGACUAAUGGACCCAGGCGGGACUCUACUCAUCAACACAUGUGAAGCCUUACAGGAGAGGACAGGAAGCUCACAGAAGCUAUUUUCAACUAACUGAAAGGAUUGACAUUCUCUUGGGAUGCUCCUCCUCCUCUUCCUCACCCAUAUAAACGCAGCUUUUGGUUGUCGACUUUUUACCCAGAAGUUCACCACCGUUGGUUUCUGUCUGCAGCGGCUACAGGACUAUUUGCUCCUGGAGGAACGUAUGGAUCCAUAGGAACUUAAAAAACUAGGAAGUAGACUGAGACAGACCCGACUAACAGAGCAGGAAUGAUUGAGAGGACAGAAAAUAGACCUGGUUGUUUCUCUGGUUUCUACAUUUAUUCAAGAGAAACACUACAACAUUAUAAUGUAUAAAGCUGGUUAUAUUUGUAAAUAUAUUCAAA